UCAGUUCGCCACUGAUUUCCGAGGACUCGACGGCGUGGUCAAGACUUGAGGAGCUUGACCCGCUCACGAGAGAGGACUUCGCCUGGAUGCCUCUACCCUCGACCRRAACCUUGCCAAGGCCGCAUUGCAACGCCUUGAUGGCAACUCUACGCUCCUAUUUGCACACUACAGUACCAGCUCCGUUGACGGACGACGGGGUAGAGGUUGUCGAUCUCCGCUCCUAUCUUGCAAAGAUUGACCGCGAGUACGCCACCCAAAGGUACGCCGAAACCGAUGCACCUUUGCUCUAUAUCUGCAUUCAAAUCGGAAAGGCAACCUGUAGUGCCUUGAUUGAUUGCGGAGCGUCUCGCAACUUUAUGAGCCAAGCCUUUAUGGCCCGCGCAGGUCUUGGCCGGCGCGUUCGAAGGAAGACGCAACCUACGCAAGUUACACUCGCGGACGGCCGCACGCAAAAGUCAAUUGACCGAUGCGUUGACGACGUUCCGGUCUAUUUUGCUGCACUUGCGUGCGAGCCAGUGUCUUUUGACAUCCUCGACACCAAGUUCGACAUGAUUCUAGGCAUGUCUUGGUUGCGUAGCGCCGAUCAUUCGGUGAACUUCCAUGACCGAACCGUUCACAYCCGUGAUCGGAACGGAGUGUUAGUCCCAUGUACGGUCGCGACCCCUCACACUUUGAUUGCUUGUCACGUGGUUUCCGUUGCGAGAAUUCGCGACGCCAUUGCUCGGAAUGRCGUCGAGGAGAUGGGCCUUGUAUUCUUGCAUGCUCUCCCCUCRCCGGACGGACCAGCCGCGUCACCGCCGGACCCACACAUUUCUCACCUCUUGGACGAGUAUAGAGUCGUCUUCGAGGCCCCCACCGGAACGGUUCCGGAUCGGCCCAUAUGUCACGGGAUCACUCUCGAGGCUGGCGCCGUCCCUCCCCGUGGAUGUAUCUACCGCAUGAGCGAAGAGGAACUCGAGGUGCUUCGCGCACAACUCGAUGAUCUUCUCGACAAGGGCUGGAUUCGCCCUAGUUGCUCGCCAUACGGUGCACCUGUUCUCUUUGUCCGGAAGAAGAACAAAGAUCUACGGUUAUGCAUYGACUAUCGRAAACUUAACGCACAAACCGUAAAGAACGCCGGCCCUCUCCCUCGGAUUGAUGAUCUCCUUGAGCGGUUAGGCGGCGCGAHGUACUUYUSGAAGUUGGAUCUGAAGUCAGGUUACCACCAGAUUGAAAUCCAGCCUCAAGACCGGUACAAGACCGCGUUCAAGACGCGGUAUGGGCAUUUUGAGUGGGUUGUCAUGCCAUUUGGCCUCACCAAUGCCCCCGCUACGUUUCAAGCAGCAAUGACGACUGAGUUUCGCGACUUGCUCGAUCGCAUCGUCCUCAUUUACCUUGAUGAUAUUUUGGUCUACAGCAGGACGUUGGACGAGCAUAUCAUACACCUUCACGUUGUCUUGAAUCGUUUGCGACUAGCCAAGUACAAAGCGAAUCUCGACAAAUGUGAAUUCGCCAAGCAAGAGCUUGAGUACUUGGGCCAUUUUGUCACGCCGAAAGGCUUUCGUCCCUUAGCGGACAAGAUCCAAGCCAUCGUGGAUUGGCCGGAACCCCGUUGCACGACGGAUGUACGCUCUUUCAUGGGAUUGGCUGGAUAUUAUCACCGUUUCGUCGAGUCAUACUCGAAAGUGGCCGCUCCUUUGUCGAGACUUCAGUCCCCGAAGGUGGCCUUCGAGUUCAACGACACAGCCCGUGGCGCGUUCACUACGUUGAAGGCAGCGAUGCAAGCYGCACCUGCCCUCCGUAUAUAUGACCCCACCCUACCCACCCAAUUGACUACGGACGCUUUGGGAUACGGUAUUGGUGCGGUGUUGGAACAGUGUCACGAGGACGGUUGGCAUCCGGUUGAGUACUUCUCCCAGAAGGUGCCUCUCGUCAACACUCUUGAUGACGCUAGGAAGAAAGAGCUACUCGCAUUCGUCUCUUCAGGGCUACUGGGAAUUUAUACAUGGCAAAUGCAAACAGAUGGAGAUGUUCGAUGGGAGGAACCCAAGCUGAAGAAGAAGUGCCGGCUUGAUGGCAAGGCUGUGGAUGUGAAAAUGAUCAAAGACAGGGUCUGGGUGCUUCUCGAAGACAGCAAAGGACUUUCAAAUGUCCUCUGUACCAAUCUAUCAAAUAAUCAGGAUCUGUUUAAGUGCAUGUUGGAAGACGAGGAGCUUGCUGAGCGGCUUUUGCUGAAGGAUGCUUCCACUGACGAGGACUCGUUAUUUCUUGAGCAUAUGUCAACUUCACAGUUGCUGGCUUCACGGUUGAGUGUGUCGGAUGCUUUCUGCAGGCGCCUUCUGUCCGCUGGCGUAUUGAACAGAUCGGCACUCUUGAGCACACUGCGUUCGUACAGCAACAGGCUAACUGAAAGUGAAAUUGCAUCCAUGAGUUCUGACGCGCUACGGGCUGUUAUACUGUCAUCAAUUGAAGGCCAGGCGCUUUCACAGAGUAUGGAUCUGGGUCUCUGGCGAGAUCUGUGCUCAAGAUAUUUGCAGUACUGGCGUCAGGAGUGCCGUCCACUGGCUCUGGUUGUCGAUGUGAAGACGCAGAUGGCAGGCCUGAUCAAGAACGACACGUUCUCUAUCUUCCGAGGAAAUGAUCAAUCGGACUAUCUGCGGCGAAGCGAAAUCCGGUCGGAGGCAUGGUGUCAUCAUGCUACUGUGGCUCCGGGGCUGUCCCCUGAGGAGAUGACGGUGAUGGGCAUGCUGGCACAUUGCAUCAGGCAGCUUGUACGCUACAUCGGCUCUCUUGGGGCUGCGGUGUUUGACGACUUACUCAUGCACAGCGAUGUAGAUCCAAAUGCUCUGAUGCAAGAGUACCUGAAUCUGCUUCAGCUUGGAUACUCGCAAAAUGCCACGGAUGUCAAAGUCGGUAUGGGAACGGAAAGCACAUUCAUCAAGGGCAAAGGCUUGCAUUCACGCCACAGGCGGUUUUUGUUGAAUUUGCUGCAUGAUCUUUCGGCAGCGAUGGAGACGGUUGGAAGCUGGGGAGGUUUGUUUUCUCUUCUGCACAAGUGUUUGGAGCAAGUGGACAAGACUGCUCUGUACCCUUCCGCAAUGGCACAUGCAGAGGGUUGCACGGGCACAAUAGCAGUACAUGUUGCCUCUCAUGCUGUGCGGCAAGUUACUGAAAAUCGGUAUACCGUCACCCGUAAUGUUUACUGGCUUUUGUCGCUGCUGAAUGGGCUGAGUGGACAGGUGGAUGUGGACUUCAAAGACCUUGCAAUGCUGCAGGUGGAUAUCCUGCCCAAAGCGCAAGGGUUACUAUUGGAUGCUCGAUUGCUUAGCUGGUUGGCCAACACGAAUGGAGCGCCUCCUAUGGCUGUUGGCAAUGACGAUUUCAGCACAAGGCUCUCGUCACUGCAUAUAUCAGAUGUUAGUCGCAGGUAUAGGGUGCCUGCACUUCGUGGAGUAUUUGAGGAACGGACGCUUGCCGACAUGCUCCUUAGCUCACAGGCAACUUCUGCCGACAAAAAACACCUAAGGUGGAUCCGUAACCUGUCUCCUGAUGAAGUCCUUGGAGUUGCGCAGCGGUCUACAUCAUGGAUUCGGCAUGGGUGUUCGAAUGAUCAGUCAGAAUUUGCAGCUCGUGCUGCUCGACUCGGACUAGUUUUUCUGGAAGAGACACAGUAUGAUUGCCUACAGGUAUUCCUGCGAAAAAUUCACCAGUUUGCAGAGAUCCGGUUUCCUGGCGGACUGGAGACCCCGUCAUUGAGUGCAGUUGAAUUUUUGAUUGGGUUCUCGAGUCUUGCAUGCGCGCAGACUUCAGACGGAAGCUCGGCAGCGGAUAUUCACAUUGCAGAUUCCAUAAGGUGGUUCUUCAGGGCAGCGGUAGGUAUCGGGCACCAAAAUCAACUGCUUUACGACAUUCUGGAAUCCUUCCAAAAUGCAGACUCUGAUAUGCAAGGGUUGACGGUGUCAUCUGCGAGGAUGCAAUACUACGAGACGGUAAUGCACCUGUUCGAGCGUUACGAUCAGGGCGAAGGGGCGUUACAUUUCGCUCGUGCAGCUUUGCAAGAGAUUGAAUCGAUGGGCGAGGAGGAGAAUGGAGAAGCAGGCGCUAACCUUAUGCAGACGGACGAUGAAGCGAAAGCUGUGGAGAGUGUAACAGCCCGCAACGCAGUCAAGGGGCGCUUAUGGGCAAAUAUGUUCAAGUUCUACGAGGACAUGGGAAAGCACAAGGCUGCCUACUGUGCUGCUCUUUCUAAUCCUGAUCCAGAGAGCAGAACUGUUUGCCUCCGCCGCUUUGUGGUUGUACUCUCUGAGCAUUCGGCGGGAGAGAUGCUUUGUGGCACAGAGCUUCCAUAUGAUAACCUACUGGACAAGGUGGAAGAGGAAUUGCGAUGGAAGGCGGAGAACUCCGACGUGCAUGCACGCCCGAACCCCUAUAAUCUCUUAUAUUGCUUUCAUAUGAAGAGGCAUAACUGGAGAAGGGCUGCUCUAUACAUGUAUCGCCUUGCAAUGAGGCUUGAACAGGAGUUGAUUAGCCAAGGUUCUGCGACUCUUACCAAUCUUCAGCAGCAAGCACAUUGCCUUUCGUCAUCACUAAAUGCACUUCGGCUCCUGGAUCCCAACAAGGCCUGGCUUGAUGUCACUGACUACGAGCACAUGCCAGAGUUCCCCACACCAACCAAGCGUUUGCGAUUCUCUUCAGAUGCAAUUGUCAGAGCAGGACAGCUUGCUCUCCCAGACAAGCCAUACAGAUGGCCGCUGGUUGUGACUGUGUCGGAUCUGGAGAAGCAGUACGCUCUUGUGUCUGCCAAGAUUGAGCUUGCCAAAGGUUGCACCUCUCAGAAGUUACCAGGACCGGAUGCGACGCCGGCUGAGGUUGUGUGGUCCCUUUGCCAGUGUGGAAUGUUCGACACUGCAUUCUCUCUUGUCUUUCUCUUCUGGAGGGACUCGGCACUUUCCAGGGAGUUGGAGAAGAUAUUUGCGACCAUGACGAUGUCGUGCUGCAGAAUGCAACUUCAAGAAAAAGUGAAGGAGGGAAGUGGUGGAAGCAGCGCGGUAUCGCCAGCCGCCACCGCGCGGAAACGCCUAGGGAGUGCUUCGAGAAACAAGAGUACACCUGAGAGCAGUUCCAAAGGUUUGCUAUUGCUGACUAAUGGUGAAGACAACUCUGAAGUAGACAUGGGCAAGAUCAGCUUCCCUGCUAACGGCGGAAUAGGGACAACAGCAACCAGCUGGCAGAAUUUGCGCACUUUCCUGCUUCUCUUUUUCUUUUUUUUGUGAACCAUCAAACAAAUAUCAGAUUGUGAG